GAUCACUUAUCACGUAAAGAUUUUCUGAAAAUUGGAGGUAUCAGUUUGUCGAUAAUUUUAUCUUUUUGGAUAACAUUACAAGCAUUGUGUUUAUCUGUAAAUAAAAAGAAUUAUGGCUGUAACAAGAUAUGAAUAGGAUAUAGGUCGUGUGGUUUUCCGAAAUCGAACAAUGAAAUUUAAUUAUAUUUGUAAAGUUGACGAAUGGAUAUGACAUAAACAGAUAAAUCAGUUUUUUAGUGCGACUGACUGAUAACGAGAUACAAUGGCCGUAGAAAACAGGCUGCUGUUCUUCAGCAAGGAGGUUACAAGAUGUAUAAAGGACCCGACAGUUGUUUCUCAUCUUGAGGCAGAUUCUGUAAUCUCAUCAGAUGAGAGUUCUAGACUAAAGAAGAUAUAUCUGGAUGGUGAUCCGUUUAAAGCGAAUGAGGAAAUGAUUGACUGUCUUCUUAAAUCAACAGCAAAGGGAAAAUGGAGAUCAUUCUUAGAUGCCUUAGAAAAAUCAGACUAUCUUCACUUAAAGUCCUUGUUGGAAUCAACUGACAGACCACGUUCAAGUGAUACACGUGAAAAGGAAAUAAUAAGGGUAUUCAUUCCGUUCUUAGAAAAGACAGUUACAGCAAAUGAAAUUGUGACAGAUCUGUACUCAAGAAAAGUCAUUAACGAAGUGGAUGACGAAUUGAUACGUGCAACAUAUCAAAAUAAAGGAGAUACAUAUGCUACAAUUGUCUUACUUGAACGAAUGCAGUGUAGAUUGGCUCCAGAUGAGUGGUUUUAUGAAUUCUUAAGUGUAUUAGUACAAAGAGGUUUUAAACAUGUCGUAAAAGAACUUGAACCGGACUUUUUGGACUGUCCUGAACGGUUUCGACCGUGUACAGGUUCCGCGGAAGCAAAAGGUACAGAAUGUGAUGUAAUGAACUCAAACACAGAAACGUAUGAUACAAAAGGUGGUGACGAUGUUUGCUGUUCAUCUGGGAAAGUAAUUGAACACAUGGUAACAGAUUAUGGAGAUGCUGAGGAAGAUAUGGACCAGGGAGUUCCGACAGCAUCUGAAAAUGAUAAUGACGCUGAUGAAGAAAGUGCUUUAGAUUUGUCGUUAGACUCGGGUUUGAAAGAUUCCAGUGACAAAAGCUCUUCUCGACUCAAAGGUGCAUCGAACUCAGAUAUUAACGAAAAACGUUGUCUUCACGAAAUUGAAAAGAACACCACAAACGUUAAUAAGGUCGCAAAACUUGGAGAAAGGGCACCACCAGAAGGACACGAUUUUGACGGUGAUAGUUCAUGCGACGGUGGAGCAGAACAAACUAAAACAAAUAUAAAGGGAGAAAGUAAAGGAAGUAUUCCAAGUAACGACAGCACGAAAUUGGCUUCAAAUAAACCUGCUAGUGAAUCAGAAGAAUCGGACGAUGGUUCUGACGGAAAACUGGAUGAUGAAACACCACUAGCUGAGAAAUUGUAUCCUUUUCAAUUAGAGUUGGCCGAAAAGGCGUUAGCUGGCAAAAAUACUAUUAUAUGCGCUCCAACAGGAAGUGGCAAAACUUGGGUAGCCUUGUACAUCAUUGACAGACAUUUGCGAUCGUCUUCGAACGGAGAAAAGACAAAGAAAGUUGUUUUUAUGGCGAGAAAUGGAGUACUUGUGAGUCAGCAAAUGGAUUUCAUAUCUAACAAAUUGCCGUAUGCAAAGGUCAAACACUUGAAGGGAGACACGGAAGAGGCUCUGAUGAUGAAUGCAUUUUUUGAAGACUAUGACAUAUUUCUCUUCACACCUCAAAUACUUGUUAAUAAUUUGAGCAAAGAUGUGAAAAGUUUGUCUAUAUUUUCACUGAUGGUGUUUGAUGAAUGCCACCACACAAAAGGUGAUGAACCAUAUAGCAUGCUAAUGAAAAACUACCUUAUGGAAAAAUCAGAUGGAACAAAGAACCUACCUCAGGCAAGUUGUCAUAGUCAGUAAAACAUAGAAUUUGGGGGAAAUCGUUAGUUUAAAGGCGUGAAGCAAAAAUCAUUCUUUUUGCAUUUUAUCGAAAAAUAUAAAAAAGAUUUCCCUUCAAAGGCUUUUUCAAAACAGUUUUUACAGUGCAAAGGAUACAUUUUCAGUGCGAAGCAUUUGUUACCAUUUUUAUGCUUCCCGAAGGGGAAGCAUAUAGUCGCCAGCUUGCCCGUCCGUCCGUCUGUCCGAGCCCACAUUUGCGUACUUAGGUGGUAAUAGGAACAAUAGGUAAAUGUACCUUUUUUGAUGUCAUUCAUUCUUUUAAGUGGCCUUUCUUUCGUUUAUAUGGCUAAAAGAACACUAGAGAGAACAAAAGACUAGCCACAUAAAUAGCAAUUUUAGUUGUAACUUAACACAGUGAUAGAGCUCUUUAAGAGAAAGAGCAGUAAUAAGGAACAAUAACUCUGAGUUGUCCCAUUUUUGAAUUAUCGCCCUUUUUGUAAAAAGCUUGUCCGGAGCCUUAGUCCAAAAUUAUGAAAGGGAUUGACUUGUUACAUUACAUAUUGAUAAAGGUCAGUGAGAGGAAGUGCAGUGUCAAAGAACCAUAACUCUAGCUUACUAAUUGUUUUAAUCAUCUCCCCUUAUGUGAAAAAAGGUUGACUAGAGCAUAAUUUGAAAACUAUAAGAAGGAAUGACUUGAUACUUCACACAAAUAUAGAGGUCAUUGAAAGAAAAUGCAAUAAAUUAAGCAAGACAUAUAUCUCUAGCUGACACCAUUUUUAGUUUGUCUCCUUUUAUGUAAAAAGUUUGUCCGUAGCCUUAGUCCAAAACUAUGAAAGGGAUUUACUUGAUGUGCAGUGUCAAAGAACCAUAACUCAUGCUGACCCCUUUUAUUUAAUUAUCUCCCCUUACGUGGAAAAAGCUUGUCCAGAACAUAACUUGAAAUCUAUAUGAGGGAUUAACUUAAUAUUUACAUAUUGAUAGAAAUCAUUGAGAAGGAGUGCAAUCUCAAAGAACAAUAACUCUAACAUACCAUGUUCUUGAAUUAUUUCUCUUUAUGUUUGGAAACUUUUCUGGUGUAUUACUUAAAAUGGUAUUAAAAUGAUUGACUCAAUACUUCAUACAUUUAUAGAGGUCAGUGAGAGGAAGUGCAAUAGCUAAGAACCAUAACUCCAGAUAUUCCCCUUUCUAAUUACAUCACUUUAUGCUAAAAAGUGUGUCCAGAGUAUCUCUUUUAAACUAUAAGAGAUAUUCUUCAAAACUUAAACUCUUUUAGAACACAUUGAGGGGGAGUGCAGUAUAAACAAUAACUUUAGAUCAUCCUAAUUUCAUGUCUUCCUUAUGUAUAAAAGUUUGUCCGGAGAGUAACUUAAACACUAUAUAAAGGAUUGACGUUUAUUAACAUAUUCAUUAAGAUUUUUGAGAGGAAGUGCAGUAACUAAGAACCAUAACUCUAUUUAACCCUGUUUUUGAAUCCCCACACCCCUUUCUGAUAUUUACUUCGGGAAGCGUCCAUCGGUGUUACUGACUGCCUUGUUUUUUAUCUGUUAUAAUAAUUAUUAUCUGUUUUUUCAAUAAUAAUAAUAAUAUUAUUAUUAUUGUUACAAAUAUUAUUAUUAUUAUAUACUAGAUUAUUGGUCUGACAGCAUCUAUUGGCACCGGAAGAGCCAAAUCAGAAAAGGAUGCUCUUGAUCAUAUAUUUCGGGUGUGUGCAAGUUUAGAUGUAAGAUGUUUAUCAACAGUAGAAAAGAACCGGGAAGACCUAGCGAAACACGUCAGUGUACCUAUAGAAG